AUGGGUGUGACGUUUACAUCACGGAUGACCGAUGCAGGGAGAGUCCCCUUGGUCGACACAAACUUCUUUUGUGGAGAGGGCAGUCUUGUAUCUUUUCAUGAGAAGUUAAUAGCUGAAAGACUGCAGAACCACAGAUUUCAAGACGCUUUCCCUCGGUCUUCUGAUUUCCUCUGGGAAAAAAUGCGUGGGCUUUUCUUUGUCCUGGUGAUGUGCACAGCAGGCGCCUCUGCUUUCAGACUCCAGCAAGUCAAAAGCACAGAAAACUGCCCAAAUCACACUGUGUUUUUCAAACACUACUAUGAACUGCAUGGAGAACCUGUGGUUCUGAAAUGCCCUUCCCCCAGAUACAAACAUUUGGAUUUUUCUGCCUUGACCCCUAAUAUCACAUGGUAUAAAAAUGGUUCAAAACCCACGAUAUCAGGAAGAGAUGAAGAUCCAAGAAUCUGGGCAAAAGGAGAUGCACUCUGGUUUUUGCCAGCAAUGCUAGAAGACUCAGGAGUAUAUAUCUGCACCAGAAGGAACUCCUCCUACUGCGCCGAGGUCUCCAUCCACCUCACAGUCGUGGAGAAAACAGCUGCUCAGAAGAUUGCCUAUCUCCAGGUCCUCUUCACUUUCACCUCUGGAAAGAUCGUUUGCCCUGACCUGUGGGAUUUUACACCAAAUAGGACAAGCUUGGAGCUCACGUGGUACAAGGAUGCUCUGCCUUUGGAAGACGACAACGAAAAAUUUGUGAUUCUGAAAGGUUCGACUUCUCUGAUCAUGACUUCUGUGCUACCGACAGACGCUGGCUAUUACACCUGCAAGAUGGCAUUUCCAUACGAAGGUGUAACGUAUGAAAUCACCAGAACAAUUCAACUGCAGACUGUCGAACAAGAAAAGAGAAUUACCCCAAUAAUUGUGUAUCCAACACAAAAGACGACAUCAGCUGCUCUCGGCUCCAAGAUGACUCUCCCAUGCAAAGUGUUAGUUGGACCAAGCAGCCACGUCCAUACCGAUGUGGAAUGGCUAGCAAAUGACACCACCGUGGACGUGGUUUACAAGCAAAGCAGAGUUACAGAGGGAGAACGACAAGAAAUUGUAGAAAAUGGUGAAAACUUCAUUGAAGUGCCACUGAUUUUUGAUUCUGUCAAAGAAGUGGAUUUUUACACAGACUUUACAGGUCUGGCCCAGAACGGAUAUGGCUACCAAGUACUGCCAACAAGGGUCAAGCAGGAAGCUGUCGGCUUGUCCUGGUACAUUGCAAUGAUUCCCGUCGCAUUGGCCUGUGUGAUCGUGGGGGGGAUAUGCAUACACAAGUGCUGGAAGCAGAGAGCCGAUAAAGGAUACACGACAGCAGAGGUUUAA